AUGGCUAGCCGGACCAACACCCUGAACUCUCAGACAUCGGCACCCUAUUUAUCGAGUCGAAACAACAGCCAGACCAGCUUGCAUCAUGAAGAAGGCCAAGAUGGAACAUCGUCGACCCGGACGCCUGGUAUCUCUCAGUCACCAGCCAUGCUUGCAGGCCUUGCGACACCAACGAGUUCAACCGCGGGGUUGUCGGGCUUAGUCUGCAAUGUACAUCGCACAACAGGCAGGGAACCUCACCCGCUCGUAGGCGCCACCACCACAAUAUUAGGCGACAAGCUGUAUGUUUUCGGCGGCCGUCGACUUUCCAGAACAAGACCGCAGCUUACAUCGGACCUGUACGAGCUUGACCUUGUCAAGCGCCACUGGACAAAAGUCGACGCCAAAGGUGACAUCCCGCCUCCUCGGUAUUUCCACAGUGUUUGUCCGCUUGGCGACACGAAGCUGGUUUGUUAUGGAGGCAUGUCACCUGUAAGCUCGUCUUCUAAUCAAGCAACUUCCGUGAUACAAGGUGCUCCCGCCGAUGCACAACCCGAGGUGGUGGUCAUGUCCGAUGUUCACAUCUAUGAUGCGCCGACAAAAACUUGGAUGCACGUUUCUACAAGCGAAUCUCCACAGGGUCGCUAUGCUCACUGCGCGACCAUCCUUCCUAGCUCGGCCGUUUUCAGUUCGACCGGAGCUGCGGUGACAGCCAUACGACACAAUCCACCUUCAUCGAAUCCAAACCAAGGUUCCCUGGGUGUGCAGUUGGAUGGCGAGGGCGGUGCGGAAAUGCUUGUUGUGGGUGGUCAGGACAGCGCCAAUCACUACAUUGAACAAAUCAGCGUAUUCAACCUCCGGAGUCUGAAGUGGACGGAAACGAGCACAUUAGGCAGAAGUUGUGGCGCAUACCGAAGCGUAGUCGCGCCCCUCACUAGCAUUGACCCGAACGAUAUUGGUGGAGGAACACGACAGGGCAGUGAAGCAAGAACACCGGAGGAACGGAGUCCGAACAAGACUGGCGAGUCAUCGAUGCUCAUUUAUUCAAACUACAACUUCCUGGACGUCAAGCUCGAACUACAAGUGCGGCACCCCGAUGGUACGCUUUCCGAGAAGCCAAUGCACGGCAAUUUCUCGCCGCCAGGUCUCCGCUUCCCGAACGGUGGUGUUAUCAACAACCACUUUGUAGUGAGCGGCACAUUUCUGACAUCGUCGAAACAAGAAUAUGCGCUUUGGGCUCUUGAUUUGCGAACGCUGAGUUGGGGACGAAUCGAAGCCGGCGGCAACAUCUUCAGCCAGGGAAGCUGGAACAGAGGUGUGCUCUGGAACCGUCGGAAUUGUUUCGUCAUUCUUGGCAACCGCAAGAGGAGCUUGGUCGAAGACUAUAAUCAUCGGCGCAUCAAUUUCUCGAACAUGUGCGUUGUUGAGCUAGAAGCAUUCGGGCUCUAUGACAACCCACGCAAGGUGACGCCUGCGUCAGGGUUCAACUCUGUCAGCGCACCGCCACAGCAUGAUAGACUUGAUAUGCUUGCUAGUGGCCGCACACUUCUACCCGCAGCGACCGAGCUAGGUCAAAUGGCGUUGGGUAUGAAGGAACUUGCCGAUAUGGAUUUCCUCGCUUUACAUGGUGAGCGCAUACCCGUUAAUUCCCACAUCAUUGCUCGACGCUGGGGUCCUUAUUUCAACCAAUUGCUCCGCGAGAGUGCUCAAAACGCGGAGAAAGAAAACGCUGAGGCGGCGACUUUACGGCCCACUGCCACAAUGCAUCCCUCGAGGAACUCAAGCAUUACUAUUACACCUUCUAUCCGAACGAACUACUCAACAGCCACAACGCUUACCGCCAACACUAUAACACCAUCAGAGGCUACAGCUAUUCUCUGCUCUCUCCUUCAAUUAGCGCGACCGUACCAUAUCGAUGGUCUGUUGGAAGCAAUUAUCGAACGACUUCACGUACUAUUGGAUAACAGGAAUACCGCCGCCAUCUUCAAUGCUGCGGCCAUGGCGGCUGGUGGUGGCUCCGGUAUUGCUUUCAAGGGCGUCAACGGUGUAUCAGGCACGAACGGGACCACAAAUGGCUUCUCCAAUUCAGUUUCGAGCAACAACAGCACAGUCGCGGACGUCGAACGAAGCCUGGAUGCCGGUCUGCGCGCACUCCGCGUCAACACAGACGUAGAUCGAAACCACGACGAUGAGGUCAGUUCAGCGGCGUCUGAAUCUACGUCGGCCUCGGCCUCCGAUAGCGGUUUCGGGGAUGGAAGUGGCAUUGAAGACAGAGAAACCUGGAAUGGUGAAAUGAGCGCAGUGGUUGGGCUCCAAAAGCGAGGUCUGCGGGGCCUGAUGGAGGGUCGCAGAAUCAGGGAAAUGGGGAGAGGAAGAGAUAGAAGCAGGGACGAUGGGGGUUCCAUAGGCAAUGGCGAUGGGGUAGGCCUUGGCCUACAAGGCGCUUGA